AUCCAUGCAGUAGAUCUGCUUUCUGCAAUCGAGCAGGGAAGAGUCUGCAAGGAUUCACCAGUCUCCUGGCCUGCAGAGAAAACAGAAACAUGAGCACAGCAGGAAAAGUAAUAAAAUGCAAAGCGGCUGUGUUAUGGGAGCUAAACAAACCAUUUUCCAUUGAGGAGGUAGAGGUCGCACCCCCUAAGGCCCAUGAAGUCCGAAUAAAGAUGGUGGCCUCAGGAAUCUGUCGAUCGGAUGACCAUGUGGUUAGUGGAAACCUUGUCAUACCUCUUCCUGUGAUCGUUGGCCAUGAGGCAGCUGGCAUUGUGGAGAGCAUUGGAGAAGGGGUGACUACAGUAAAACCAGGUGACAAAGUCAUCCCACUCUUUACUCCCCAGUGUGGGAAAUGCAGUGUUUGUAAACACCCUGAAGGCAACUUCUGCUUGAAAAAUGAUCUGAGCACACCUCGGGGAACCAUGCAGGAUGGUACCAGCAGGUUCACCUGCAGAGGGAAGCCCAUCCACCACUUCCUCGGCGUCAGCACCUACUCCCAGUACACAGUGGUGGACGAGAUCUCAGUGGCCAAGAUUGAUGCGGCCUCAUCGCUGGAGAAAGUCUGUCUCAUCGGCUGUGGAUUUUCUACUGGUUAUGGGUCUGCAGUCAAAAUUGCCAAGGUCACCCAGGGCUCCACCUGUGCCGUGUUUGGCCUUGGAGGCGUUGGCCUGUCUGUCAUCAUGGGCUGUAAAGCAGCUGGAGCGGCCAGGAUCAUUGGGGUGGACAUCAACAAAGACAAGUUUGCAAAGGCCAAAGAGGUGGGGGCCACUGAGUGCAUCAACCCUCAGGACUAUGAGAAACCCAUCCAGGAGGUGCUGAAGGAAAUGAGCAGUGGGGGUGUGGAUUUUUCAUUUGAAGUCAUUGGUCGGCUCGACACCAUGAUGGCUUCCUUGUCAUGCUGUCAUGAAGCAUAUGGUGUAAGCGUCAUUGUAGGAGUACCUCCUGAUUCCCAAAAUCUCUCUGUGAACCCUAUGUUGCUAUUGAGUGGACGUACCUGGAAAGGAGCUAUUUUUGGCGGUUUUAAGAGUAAAGAUUCUGUCCCCAAACUUGUGGCUGAUUUUAUGGCUAAAAAGUUUGCAUUGGAUCCCUUAAUAACCCAUGUUUUACCUUUUGAAAAAAUAAAUGAAGGAUUUGACCUGCUUCGCUCUGGAAAGAGUCUCCGUACCAUCCUGACAUUUUGAGACCAUACAAAUGUCUUCACUUGUAGCAGUCUUCUGGCUCCUCCAUCCCCUGGAACAUCAGCCAGACAACAUGAAUAAUUCCGUUCUUCAGAGAUGCUAUUGAUAAUUACACAUGGGAGCUUUCUGCAAGAAACAAAAAGUGAUGUGAAAUCAUUUGUCAAGCAAAUGUUUAAAAUCCAAGUGAGAGCUAGAUGAACCAUCAGCUGGGUAAUUGAGUCCAAUAAACUUUCCUUCUUAAUCAUUCUCCUCGUGUUGAAUCAUGUCAUCUUUCCCACUGAGGGAAGGUGUGUCAUGUGACUUCUUGCACUUUUUGUGUCUUUGCCACCCUUAGUAUUGAAGCCUAGCGGAGGAGGUCCACAUUAAACUUGCCCCCAACAUACACGUGAUGGGCUAUUGUGCUUUAAGUCUUCUACUUCUACCUGUAUUUCCAGUGUCUGUAUUUUCCUCUUCACGAAAUGCACCAAAGCCCUACAGUAAAAAAUACAGUCUGCGAAAAGAUACACUCAGAUUUAUAAGUGGAGAAGGUCUAGAAUUUCUAAAUGCAGGGAAUUCUUAGGAAAAUGUCACACAAUUUUAUAAGGUGGUGGGAAGUGUUUUUACUGCUUUUAUACUGUUGGCAGCAAAUAUAUAAUUGUUCUUUUAAGUAAAAGCCGUUUCAUG